AUAUUUAGUGUCAGUCGCCGCCACCGUUAAUAUUUGUCGGCGCAGGGCUCUGAUCGUCGUCUGCAGCAGAACAACACAAUUGUUUUCAUAUUUUGCAAUUAUCAAAAUAAAAGUGAAUAAUAACUAUUACAAACACCAUGGUAGUGUCCAAUUAUGAUGCGCUGCGUAAACAGGCGCGUCUAUUGGAAAAUGAAAUUGAUCUGAAAUUGGUGGCUUUUAGUAAAAUUGGGGCUGGCAGUAGUUCCUCGUCUAUGGGUCACAGUUCAAAUGCUGACACAUCACCACUGCUGGGCGAACAUGUCUUUGACUCGUUGUCUGAGGAAAUUGCCCAAAUGUUAGAUAAGCUUUCGUCAAUUAAUGAAACAAUGGCUGAACUGCCCACUACGGGUGCUGCUGCAAUGCAUACAUUGCAACGUCAUCGUGAAAUAUUACAGGGCUAUCGCCAGGAAUUUAAUAAAAUCUCUGCCAAUCAUACGACGCGUUUAGAACGCGAAGAACUGUUGAGAGGUUCCGGUUUAUCUACAAACAGUCCAUCAAUAUCGGGUUUAAGCAGACGUGAUAUGUAUUUGAAGGAAAGUGGUCAUAUAAAUAGCUCCAAUAGCAUGAUAAAUGAUCAAAUAAAUAUUGCAAUCGAGACAAGAGAGCAUUUACUCUCGCAACGUCAGGCUUUCAAACGCAUACAGACUCGUUUAAAUGAUAUGUCAAAUAGGUUUCCUUUAAUUUCCAGUUUAAUUCAACGAAUUAAUAUUAGAAAGAAACGUGAUGCUUUAAUACUGGGAGCAGUUAUUGGAUUUUGUGUUAUACUGUUAUUACUAUACGCCUUUAAUUAACGUCUGAACGGUUUUACUUUAUGUUAAAAAGAAAACGAAAAUCUUUAAAAACCAAAA